UAGUAAGGUUUUUGAAGCAAUAGAUGAAAUUAAGCUUCAUUAACUAAUUUUAAACCUUUUUUAGGUAAAUGAAUUGGUGGAUGCCAGAGAUGUCGGCCUUGGUGCUUGGUUUGAAGCACAUAUUCAUAGUGUUACUAGAGCUUCUGCUGGACAUUCACGUGGCAAAACUCCACUGAAGAAUGGCAAUUCUUAUAAAAGGACUAAUGGAAAUGUAAAUCAUAAUUCCAAAGAGAACACAAAUAAAUUGGACAAUGUACCCUCUACGUCUAAUUCAUACUCAGUUGCUGCUGAUGAAGACAUUAUUUAUCAUAUCGAGUAUGAUGAAUACCCAGAAAGUGGUACACUAGAAAUGAAUGUGAAGGAUCUUCGACCACGAGCUAGAACUAUUUUGAAAUGGAAUGAACUAAAUGUCGGAGAUACAGUAAUGGUUAAUUACAAUGUAGAAAAUCCAGGAAAAAGAGGAUUUUGGUAUGAUGCAGAAAUUACCACAUUGAAGACAAUCUCAAGGACCAAAAAAGAACUUCGUGUGAAAAUUUUCCUGGGGGGUUCUGAAGGAACAUUAAAUGACUGCAGGGUAAUAUUUGUAGAUGAAAUCUUCAAGAUCGAGAAGCCUGGAGCCCAUCCUAUUUCAUUUGCAGAUGGAAAGUUUUUAAGAAAAAAUGACCCUGAAUGUGACCUGUGUGGUGGUGAUCCAGAUAAGAAAUGCCAUACAUGCUCUUGUCAUAAAUGUGGUGAGAAACAGGAACCCAACAUGCAGCUUUUGUGUGAUGAGUGUAAUAUGGCUUAUCAUAUUUACUGCCUGAAUCCACCUUUGGAUAAAGUUCCAGAAGAAGAAUACUGGUAUUGUCCUUGCUGUAAAACUGAUUCCAGUGAGGUUGUAAAGGCUGGUGAAAAACUCAAGAUGAGCAAAAAGAAAGCAAAGAUGCCAUCAUCUAGUACUGAAAGCCGAAGAGACUGGGGCAGGGGAAUGGCUUGUGUUGGUCGAACGAAAGAAUGUACUAUUGUUCCUUCUAACCAUUAUGGACCUAUUCCUGGUAUUCCUGUUGGAUCGACUUGGAGAUUUAGAGUUCAAGUUAGCGAAGCAGGUGUUCAUAGGCCCCAUGUUGGUGGAAUUCAUGGUCGCAGUAAUGACGGGGCAUAUUCCCUUGUCCUGGCUGGUGGAUUUGCAGAUGAAGUAGAUCGUGGUGAUGAAUUCACAUACACGGGAAGUGGUGGUAAAAAUCUCGCUGGUAAUAAAAGAAUUGGUGCGCCAUCAGCUGAUCAAACACUUACAAACAUGAACAGGGCAUUGGCUCUAAACUGUGAUGCUCCAUUGGAUGAUAAAAUUGGAGCAGAGUCUCGGAAUUGGAGAGCUGGUAAGCCAGUCAGAGUGAUACGCAGUUUUAAAGGGAGGAAGAUCAGCAAAUAUGCUCCUGAAGAAGGCAACAGAUAUGAUGGCAUUUAUAAGGUGGUGAAAUACUGGCCAGAGAUUUCAUCUAGCCAUGGGUUCUUGGUUUGGCGCUAUCUUUUAAGAAGAGAUGAUGUUGAACCUGCUCCUUGGACCUCAGAAGGAAUAGAGCGAUCCAGGAGAUUAUGUCUACGUUUACAGUAUCCAGCAGGUUACCCUUCAGAUAAGGAAGGGAAAAAGACUAAGGGACAGUCAAAGAAGCAGACCAGUGAAGCCACAAAAAGGCCAACUUCAGAUGAUGAGUGUCCAAGUGCCUCUAAAGCAUUGAAAGCAUCCGAUCCAGCAGAAGCAGUUGAGGCUUUCCAACUCACCCCUCAACAGCAGCACCUAAUCAGGGAAGACUGUCAGAACCAGAAGCUGUGGGAUGAAGUGCUUGCAUCUCUUGUGGAAGGACCAAAUUUUCUGAAAAAAUUGGAGCAGUCUUUUAUGUGUGUCUGCUGCCAGGAGCUAGUUUACCAGCCAGUGACAACAGAGUGCCUCCACAACGUAUGUAAAGAUUGCUUACAGCGCUCCUUUAAGGCCCAAGUUUUCUCCUGCCCUGCCUGCCGACGUGAUCUUGGACAGAAUUACAUCAUGAGUCCCAAUGAGAUUCUACAGACUCUACUUGACCUUUUCUUCCCUGGCUACAGCAAAGGACGAUGAUCUGUCUACAUCUGUCUGGUUCUGGUGGCUUUUUGAACAAUAAAGAAUCUAAAAUGGGUGGGAGGGUUGAAGAAAUGGUGGACCAUAUUUCUCACCUUCUGAAGCAGCUACUUCCUUUUCCCACAUAGCCAUCAUCUUGUGUGUGUAGUAAGAGGCCCAUUUCUCAACUGUCUUUUAAAUAUGAAAAGGUAGUUCCUAUGAGUAACAACUAGUUUUAAUGAAUAAAAAGUCAGCCUCAGCUCUAGUUGAUAUCCAAGUUAUGAUUUAUUUUGCAACUACCUCAGGACAGAAAAGAUUUAUGGGGAUUUAAAAAAAUCAUCGAAUAAUUAGUUUAAUGAGAUUUUAGCUACACACUGCCUCCAAAUAUUAGUUGUGCCUGGUUGUAAUUUGAUUUUACAGAAAAGGAAAUGACACUUGAUUCUUGGAAUGAACGCAGCUUCUGUAUUAUGCAUAAUACUUUUUUAAUGUCUCUUCUUCCAUUAAAGUGUGUGUUUUGCAAAGACAGGUUCAUUUUUAAACACAUUUUGUGAGCUCCACUGUGCUUUUUUUCUGGUGUUUUAUGCAAGUUGACUACUAAUGACUAAUGAGAACAAUAUGAAUGCAUUGUUGCUGCAUUAGUGUAAUGUGGUGUGGUUUUCCAAUUAAAGGAGCUCUAGUUGUAAAUGUUCACAAAAAGUCACUUCUGUACUAGUCAUACUGCUUUUAAUGAGUCUUAUUAGUGGUUUUACACCUGCAGAGUACUGAGGGCUAUGCUGACUUUUGAGAAGAUUGAAAUUGCUUCAUAUUGUGAUCCUAAAUUUUAUAUUCACUAUAUUCCUUAAAGUAUACCUUAAUAAAUAUUUUAUGAUCAGAAAA